CUACGGCCGGCGGAAUUGAUUAUUUUCAACAGGAGAGUCACCCUGAAAUAUACGCGCGGCUACGGGUCGACGGGUAUGACACGCUAGGUAUGCAAGCGGUAGUCCGUCAUGGAGAGUCGCUCGGGAAGCAUAAAGGACCCGAUUUAUUACCCGGAGAACACGGAGGACGCGCCAGGGACGGCGGUGCCGCUUGCGAGCUCCAGCGAAGACAGAGCGGAUAAGAGUCAACGCAGCUCGCUCGGCAGCCAGCAGGAGAUCAGCUUGGAGGAUGGCAGCUCGCUCAAGGUGCCGCGCAAAUUCAUCGCCAACUGGCGGCAGGCGUGCGACCGGACGCGCGAUCGCACCAAGGAUCUUCUCAAGCGAUGGAGAACGACCGCGGCUAACGUCGAGGAUAUCGCCGGUCCAGCGCCCGUCAGCGUCCCGGAACUCGAACAGCCCAGCUGGAGUGUCCACGUCUGGACUACUUGGGUGAGCCGCUUCCCGAGCGACGACAGUUUGUCUGCGAUCAACGAGUUCAGUAAAAGCGACGGCUCGCAGGCCUUAGCUCCUAUACAACGCGAUAAGUUCUCGCAUUUCUUCACGUAUCUCUUGGACCACGAUAGAGACGGCUACGUCGGCAGGAAGGACUUCGCGAUACUUUCAGAGCGUUUGAGGAGAUUCGCAGAUUGGUCGUGGAACGGUCCGGAGUACCUGAGGCUGUUGGAAAUCGAGAACGGAUUCGCCGGAUUGAUCCUGCAGGACAAAAAGGGACCCCCCGUGGAAUCGGACAGGAAGAUCGAUCUCGACGACUGGCUAUCCUGGUGGGCGCAGAUCGUCGCGCCGCCGGACGGCGCCAGUUACAAUGAUAUGCAGUUUUGGAUCAAAGUUAUGCCGCGAGUGUUCUUCCUCGCGAUAAACAGAUCCGGAAGCGGGAUGAUCAGCAAGAAGGAACUCUCGGCCUUUUACAGCUCCGUGAUUGGCUUGGACACCGACAGGAUAAACAAGUGCCUGGAUACCGCGUACGACUCUAUGACCUCGAAUGGAGAUCAUCCUCUCGGCUGGGUGCAGUAUCAGUUGGUGUUCGCUAACUUCUUGUUCGGCCGCGGUCCCUUCGGUCCCGGGGAACAUUUCCUAGGCAUGACGGACUCCUGCUUGAUCCGGGGUAACACCAUACCGUUCCCUAUCGAUUACUCCGCGAUGAACACACCACGGGACAAACUGGAGGUCUACAGUCCUCAUUGCAAGAGCAACCGGCGAAGCGUCGUGGUCUAACGGCAAUCUAAGAAAGUAUUCGAAUCACGUGUCCGACACGCGCCUCAUCCCGCGGCCGUUUAUCAACGCCUCUCUAACAUCGUAAACUGAUUUAUUGGACGCGUUUAAUCGCCAUGUGUUCUUCAACAGCCGUUCCACGGCGCCGUGUCGAUGAUAACGGCAAGCGAUAAGCGCGCUCGAUUUAAGGUAAAAGUGGAAAUACCUGUAUACGCACCCAACUCUAACCUAACAUUCUUAUUGUUAAAUGCGAAUAUUUAAGCCCUUUCGACAUAAAAUAUCUUCAUUUAGUGUAUAGAUUCAAUAUUGAGAUUAUUCUCUAGUAAAAAUUUUAAUAUUCGCACACUGAAAGAAAAAAGUGUUACAUUCAAGUAAA